CCGACCAAUCAGCGCACGCGUUGGGAUGCGCGCCGCUCGAACUGACCAAUCAGGAGCGUUUGUAGCAGAAAUUUAAAGGUCUGUGAGCUGAGGGAGAGAAUCACAUCCUCCCAGACACGAGAAGGAUUUAAACAUCUGCAAACUCCUGCUUCACACCUGCUGAGCUUCUUCUUCCCCCCCUGAUCAUGGCUGAGAACGCAGAUCGUCUGAACAGAUUCAAGAACAAAGGCAAAGACGCCAAUGAGCUUCGCCGCAGGAGGGUGGAGGUGAACGUGGAGCUCAGGAAGGCGAAGAAGGACGACCAGAUCUUCAAGAGGAGGAAUGUGUCUGCGUGUCCUGACGAGGCCACUUCCCCUCUGCAGGAGAGGACCCAGAACUGUCAGGCGGUCAGGCACUGGACGGUUGAAGAGAUUCUCACAGGAGUGAACAGCGGGAAUGCUGACUCCCAGCUCCAGGCGACACAGGCUGCACGGAAGCUGCUGUCCCGUGACAAACACCCCCCCAUCGAUCAGCUGAUCAGCGUCGGACUCAUCCCCAAGUUUGUCUCCUUCCUGGGACUCGUAGACUGCCCUCCGAUCCAGUUCGAGGCCUCCUGGGCUCUGACCAACAUCGCCUCCGGGACGUCCGAUCAGACGGCGGCCGUGGUGGAGGGCGGGGCCAUCCCUGCGUUCAUCAGCCUGGUCACGUCUCCUCACCAGCACAUCAGUGAGCAGGCGGUCUGGGCUCUGGGAAACAUCGCCGGUGAUGGAUCUGCUCUGAGAGACCGGGUCAUCAAGCACGGAGCUGUGGUCCCUCUGCUCACUCUGCUGGCCGUCCCUGACCUCUCCGUCUAUAAUACCACCUACCUGAGGAAUGUCACCUGGACUCUGUCCAACCUCUGCCGCAACAAGAACCCGUCCCCUCCUAUGGCCGCCAUCCAGCAGAUCCUACCCGCCCUCAUCCGCCUCCUUCACUGCGACGACCUGGAGGUGCUGGCCGACGCCUGCUGGGCGGUGUCGUACCUGACGGACGGCGCCAACGACCGUAUCGAGGUGGUGGUUCAGACCGGCCUGAUUGCCCGUCUGGUGAAGAUGCUGGGCUUCGACGAGCUGCCCGUCGUGACUCCUGCGCUGCGAGCCAUCGGCAACAUCGUCACCGGCACAGACGAGCAGACUCAGGCGGUGCUGGACGCCGGCGCCCUGAACAUGUUCUCUCAGCUGCUGCGCCACAAGAAGGCCAACAUCCAGAAGGAGGCGGCGUGGACUCUGUCCAACAUCACCGCAGGGAAGGACGGACAAAUCCAGGAGGUCAUCAACGCCGGACUGGUCCCGUACAUGGUGGAUAUGCUCGUGAGGGGCGACUACAAAACCCAGAAAGAGGCCGUGUGGGCGGUGACUAACUUCACCAGCGGGGGCACCAUCCAGCAGGUGGUCUACCUCGUCCAAGCCAACGUCCUGGAGCCGCUCCUCAACCUGCUCGCCUCCAAAGACAGCAAAACCGUCCUCGUCAUCCUGGACGCCAUCACCAACAUCUUCAUGGCCGGGGAUAAAAUCGGGGAGGCCGAUAAGCUGAGUCUGAUGGUGGAGGAGUGCGGCGGUCUGGAUAAGAUUGAGGCGCUGCAGGCUCACGAGAAUGAGAUGGUUUAUAAAGCGGCUCUGAACCUGAUCGAGAAGUACUUCUCAGAGGAGGACGAGGAGGUUCAGUGUGUCGCCCCAGACUCCACCGAUGACGCGUACGCCUUCAACAUCGGAGAAACCCAGAGCACUUUCAACUUCUAGAACUCUCUUUGACCUCUGACCUCACCUGUACUGUCCCCUCUCUCUCUCUCUCUCUGCUGUUUGUUCUGUUCAUGUCACUGUUUCCUGUUUCUGUGUGAGUGUACAUACUGUUUUAACGUGACUGAUAAAACAUGACUGUAAAUAAAGAUGUUGAAUAAUG